GUUAUUCUGCUUUGGGAAUGAUCGCUAAGCACGGAUCACGCAGUCGAGUUUAGUUGUGAACUAGCAUGUUGCAAUGCUAGAAUAACACUACGGACGAUGUCUUAUUUCCUUCAUUCACAAAAGCAAUCACUUUGACCGUGAGUUCAUUUUUAAAACGUGUUAUGUACGAGAUUGAAAGCAUUAAAGACGGCAACCAUGCACUCAUUUUGCAAACGGCUGUAUAAUGCAUGGACUUGAAGGGGUAUAGUGUGGAGAUAAGGUGCAUUAUUUGGUCGCCUAGCUGUUUGCAUGACGUCGCCGCUCACCUGUGAGUGGGUGUAGGGUUUUUACCUGUAGCCGCAGGUAACACACAGAUGGAACGGGAACGCGGCAGCUCAAUUAGCCGUAUUUAAUUCGCUCAGGACUGAAUUUAAACUAAUGGUGUGAGAGUCUAAAUCUCUCGAAAACUACACCGUUCAGGUGCUCGGCGCUUCUCCCGACGAGGAAAACCGACACACAAUCUCCGGCCAAAACAACACUGCGAACGGGAGGACAAGGUUGACUUCCGGAAUUACAAAAAGAAAGGAAAAAAAAAAAAAAAAAAAAAGACAGACAGAACAGAAAGUGAGAAUUGGGAGGACCGUCUCCUACCUAUGCGGUCUCUGACAUUUUGAGCUAUGCCUGGGAACAGUGCAGGGACGCCUCAAAAACCGACCAGCAGAGCCCAGAGGAACACCCCAGUGAGAGAUGUGCAACCGAAGAGAUUGGGCGUCUCCAGUGACAGUAAUUUAAGCCUUGAGGUCCUCGGGGAUUUGACCCCAGAACUGCCCAAGUUGUCCAAGGCACGUAAAUUGAGAAAAGCACAGCAUCGGGAUGCCAACGGGAAAGAAAUGGAGAUUAUCGGUUUCAUCCCUGGCACUGCAGAUAGUCCACCAAGGGCCACCACCUGUGGGUCGUGUGCUGCUGAAACUUGGGAACGAUGCAAAGACCUGAUCUGCUGCAUGGUCACCUGCGGGCAAUACAAGGCAGACUCUAGCUUUUACAUCCCCUGCGUGUCCCGCUCGGAGUCCUGCACGGACGACGUGAAGACCCCCGAGCCCAAACGACAGAACGGCAUCUCGGUCUCGAAUCCCACCUGCGGGGUCCCCAUGGAGGCGAAUCCAAAGAAACCCCUUAACCACAGCUUCAACUACGCCGACGUCAAGUUUAAAGGGGUCCCGGUCUACGUCGAUGGCUCAGUCAGCCAGAAACAGAGCGUCCCGUCCUCGCGACCUUCGCUGAGAUCAAGGAGAAGCAGUGCGGAGAAGCUGCCAGGGGGCGACCCCAGCAACCGGGGCUCGGACGAAUACUACUCCAUCGAAUACUCUGAGGAGGAUCCAGACGAACUCAACAGGUCCGGCGCCGACAUAGACUCUCUCAUCACCCAGAAGCUGCUGGAGCUUUACAGCUUGCACCAGAUUGACCAGCUGGCCAAGUGCACCUCGGACUCGGCCUUCUUCAAGAGGACCAGCGAGAUCACAGAGCUCAUCAACGACAUCACCAGCAUCUACAACCUGGAUGAGGAGGACGCGGAGUGUCGGCUGGUCCACGGGGUCAUUCGCAUCAGCACCAGGAAGCCCAAGAGACCGGACCCUCACAAAUCCGAUUCCGAGAGCAAAAGCGAAGAGCGCAGGAGACGGGACGGCAACCACCUGCCGGACAGCGGAAACGAUACAAUGAUAGAGUCCUCCUUGAUCAGCCAGGACAAUCUUGAGGUUAAAAUUUCAGAGGAGACAAGUUCGGACAAAAUUGCGCGGAACAUGAGGUUCCAGAGCACACAAGUUUCAGGGUCUCCAACAGCGAACUACAGCUCUCUCCCAGAAACUGAAACCAACUCAUCAGGGGCUCCAUUGCUCAAAACCCUCCUGAGGACAUCGGUGUCCUGAAGGCUGUCCUGUACCCGGACUGCAGUCCAGCAGUUAUAAGAGAGAGCCUGUCUGCCAGACUCUGCAGACUGAGAGCCUGCAGCAUCUCUCUUACUGUGAACCCACUCUGUCUCCGCAUUGUUGUCUCAACACCAGAAUGCGUGGGGGCGUAUUUCUCCCCCCAUAUCUUAUUGGAGAUGUACUACUGCUUUUUAAAGCUUGCUGUUUUGUUAAACAAGUGAAUUGCCUGUUGAUGGGUAACAGCAAAUUGCCACUGACAGAACUGCAGAUUAUAAAAUAGAUUUGUAUGUGACAGGAUCUCGUCUGGAAUGAUCUCUUCAAGCACCGAGCGAUGUGUAUGGCACUCCUGUCCAGGGACAUCUGAGAACAGGCCUGUGAGCAUUUCAUGGAUUUUUGGAUCUGCGAUGUCUUGUUUCUCUGCCUUCAGUUUUUUUGGAAGUGUUUUGAACAUAUCAUCUUAGUAGAAGGGUGAAAAAUGUACUUUGGGGAAUAUUUUUGUAGCUUUGUUUCUCUAAAAAAAAAAAAUAGCUUAAAACAGCAGGAUUCUGAAAUGUAAUAAAUUAUAUAGUGCAAUAUGUGUUUAUAGUCGUAUUGUGUAGAAAGGUAGAUUUGUUCCAAUUGUUCAUCUGCAAAAUAGGAGUUGUAAAUGUGGCAGUACAGUACAAAGUUUAGCGUUGUGUGUUUUUCUUACCAGUUUGUAGCUGUGCGUGAUCACUGGGUAUGUUCCUUGCUGUCUGCGGGACAGUGAUCUACCUGUAGCAUGCUGCCUUUCUGUGCCUAGCUGUAUAAAAUAGCUGUAUAUAAAUAAGAGGACGUUUGUAUAUAUUUUGGAGAAGACAUUUGAGUUAAGGAUAGUUUUUGUAUUGUCAAGAAAGGGUAAACAAUAAAAAUUUUGAAAUGCAUGUGG